GUAGUAACUAGUGUCCUCUUUCUCCCUCUAAAUCUUUCCUCGUCUCUCUAGGAAACUCUAGAACAAGUGCCAGCACCUUGUUUUAGUUCCUUCACAUAACCCAGUCUCCGCACUCAUUGAAGACAGUCCUCCGGUGCUUCUUGUCUGUUCUCUCGCAGUCUCUCCCCUCUCUGUUACUCUCUCUCUCUCUCUCUCUCUCACACUCAACUGAAUGGCUGAACCAGCAUACACUGUGGCAUCUGAUAGUGAAACAAUUGGAGAGGAAAAAUCUUCAUCUGCUUUUCCCGAAAUCGCUAUUGGAAUCGACUUCGGUACUUCUCAAUCCAGUGUGGCAGUAUGGAACGGCUCCCAAAUAGAGCUCCUUAGGAAUGCUAGAAACCAAAAGCUGAUGCGAUCAUUUGUCACCUUCAAAGACGAAAUUCCUUCUGGUGGAGUCAGCUAUCAGCUGUCUCACGAGUACGAAAUGUUAUCCGGUGCUGCAAUCUUCAACAUGAAACGCCUAAUUGGUAGAGCGGACACCGACCCAGUUGUUCAUUCAAGCAAAAACCUUCCAUUUUUGGUACAAACAUUGGAUAUUGGUGUCCGACCCUUUGUUGCAGCGUUAGUGAAUAACGUUUGGAGAUCUACAACUCCUGAAGAAGUUCUUGCAAUAUAUUUGGUGGAAUUACGAGCCUUGGCUGAAAUUCAUUUAAAGCGUCCAGUGAGGAAUGUUGUUUUAACUAUUCCAGUUUCAUUCAGCCGGUUCCAACUAACCCGAAUUGAGCGAGCUUGUGCCAUGGCGGGCCUUCAUGUACUGAGAUUGAUGCCCGAACCAACAGCUGUGGCUCUGUUAUAUGCACAGCAACAGCAACAGAACAUGCAUGAGAAUAUGGGCAGUGGAAGUGAAAAGAUUGCACUUAUUUUUAAUAUGGGUGCCGGGUAUUGUGAUGUAGCUAUAACUGCUACGGCCGGAGGAGUUUCACAGAUAAAAGCAUUAUCAGGAAGUACCAUCGGAGGAGAAGACAUACUUCAAAAUAUGAUGUGCCAUCUCUUGCCCAAUAUGGACAAUCUCUUUUCGAGCCAUGGAAUUAACGAGAUCAAGUCAAUGGGGUUGCUUAGAGUUGCCACUCAGGAUGCGAUCCACAAGCUCUCAUUACAAACUAGUGUUCAAGUUGACGUUGAUCUAGGAAAUGGAUCAAAAAUACAUAAGAUUGUGGACCGGGUGGAAUUCGAGGAAGUAAACAAAAAUGUGUUUGAGAAAUGUGAGACCCUCGUAAAACAGUGCUUGCAAGAUGCAAAGGUGGAUGUAGAGGAUGUGAAUGAUGUAAUACUUGUAGGCGGUUGUUCGAAUAUACCAAGGAUAAGGAGUCUUGUUCUGGGCAUAUGUAAAACCGAGACAAGUUAUACCAGGAUGAAUCCAUUGGUGGCUGCAGUUUGCGGAGCGGCAUUGGAAGGAGCUGUUGCCUCCGGUAUCAGUGACCCUUUUGGGAGCUUAGACCUGUUAACAAUUCAAGCCACCCCUCUGAACAUUGGGAUUCGAGCCAAUGGAAACGCUUUUGUACCCAUUAUAAAUCGAAACACAACAAUGCCAUCAAGGAAAGAAUUGAUUUUCACAACUGCCCAUGAUAACCAAUCUGAAGCACUGAUUGUUGUCUAUGAAGGUGACGAUCAAUCAUUGGAAAAGAAUCAUCUUCUGGGCUAUUUCAAGAUCAUGGGAAUACCUCCGGCUCCGAAAGGAGUUCUGCAAAUCAGAGUGUGUAUGGAUAUCGAUGCUUCAAACGUCUUGAGAGUUUCAGCUGGUGGGGUUGUUCCAACGAUGCCUUUUAUGGAAGUUAGGAUGCCAACUGUCGAUGAUGGCCACGGAUGGUGUGCUCAAGCUCUGAUCGGACAGUAUGGUUCGACUUUGGACUUGAUUUCAGUGCCAAAGAUGAUGUAGCAGUGAAGGCUAAAUGGCAAGCAAGUGUUGUUAUGUAUGAUAUGUUACUAUGUUAUGUGCUGUUAGUACCUUUGACUGAUAUUGUUAUCAGUACAAAGAGUUGUUAAUAAUGUGCACUUUUUUGUAAUGAUGAAUAAUUGUUUGAUGUUUUUGGGAUGUUAAAUUUAUAAUGUUUUGUACAAUUGUUUUUAUUUUAUUUUAUUUUAUGUUUUUAUGGA